AUGUCAGUUUAUCUCCAUGAAGAACUUGUGGUUGAAAUCUUGAAGAGACUGCCAGUCAAGUCUCUAUUGAAAUUCAAAUGUGUGUGCAGAUCAUGGUAUGCUCUCAUCACAAACCCUAAUUUUAUUUCUCUUCACUUAGCUCACACCACGAAAGCCAACACACCCUACUCACUUGUCGUGAAGUAUAAACAACCCGAUUCUAAGAAACCAGAAUUUGUGUUGCACUGUGAUAAUGACUCGUUUAGCGAAAUUAAUGAUCGCCUGAUUUUAUGGAACCCUGCAAUUGGAGACUUUAUUACAGCAUCUUUAAGUAAGAUUUUCAGUGGGUUCUCUGACAUUUUCGGAUUCGGGUUUGAUAGAAAGAACAAUGACUACAAAGUGGUGAGGUUUGUUUAUGCUUGGGCAGAUAUGACUUUUCCCCCAAUUGUUGAGUUUUUUGAACUUAGCUCCAGUUCUUGGAAGACGGUUGCCGUUAAGAAUCUUGAUUAUGAUGUUAAUGGUUUCAGACAUCAUAUUGUUGAGUGGAAUGGUGUUUUUCAUUGGUUUGCAAGAAUUCACAAUGGCACGAACAAGAUGAUAGCAUCAUUUGAUUUGAGCAACGAAGUAUUUCAUGAGUUGAUGCUCCCUCAUGCCCUAGCUGAAACUAAAGUAUACGGCAGUCUCAGUCAUUUUUCUCUAAUAGCAUACAACCAGUCAUUAUCUGUGGUACACUAUGAAAGUAGCAUGGAGAAAAUGACUUAUUUAAGAUGUUCAAUCUGGUCGGUGCUAAGCUUCCAAGAGAAUGGUGGCAUUCUUGUUGAGGAUUAUCACGGAGUGAUAGCUUCUUAUGACCCUCACACACAAAGGGUCACCCCUCUCGGGAUCUAUGGAAAAUGCUUCGCGGUGCAUUCUUACACGGCGAGCCUUGUUUCACUAAAGGGAAAAAGGAACAACAAGAAGAUCAAAGCAAGCAUAGAAGAGUAUAGUUAUUAG